AGCCAGCGGGCUUUUCAACUAACAGCCGCGUAAGGCACGAUCGGCUCCUUUUUUAUGUGGGUGUGUAUUUAUUGCACCCUCUCAUCCCUCGUAUUUGAAAGAAAAAAGAGAAACUGCGGAAGACUGAGCCGGCGUUGGCUGCCCUGUUUUCGUUUCUUCUUCUUGAAGGGCAAGGUAGUGAACAAAAUUUGUCACUACUCUCCCCUCUCCCUUGCCUUUUGCUGUUAUUGUUGUUCCUAAGUGCUUUUCAUUUCUUCCAGCAUUCUCCCACCCCACAAAACUGCGCAUUCUUUUCUUUCUAAAAAGGCUCAUUCGUGUAGCACUCUAGCUUUCUCCGCCGUUCCAUCACCGUCACUCACCGUUGCCUAGCCCGAGGACCUGUGUGCCUCCGCACAGCAGUAACCCCUCACUCUUGUCAGACACCGUGUAGUGGCAGCUACCGGUCCUCGGUACAGCACCAACAGAAAAAGAAUCCGUCAUAGACAAUCAUCGCCUCUCCCUCUACCUUAGUGUAUGGGAGCCGAGAAUGCCCUUCAUUCCUAGCUUCUCUUUUGAUAGUCUCCUCGCGCGCGCGCACCCGAGUACCGCUACCAACGCCAGCUCACCCGGCAACGCACGCUCCUCGCCGCAGCCGUCUUUCGCAACGCCGGGUUCGAACUCCUCGCCACGACUCGUCGGCUCCGCCAUUGCACGCGGGCAGUCCAGCAGUGCAGAGUUCCGCGAAGGCGCUGUUUUGCUUCGUGCCUCGUCAUCAGAUGCUUCGGCGGUGCAACUCGCUAGCAGCCGCAGCACCUCCCGCUCCCAUUCCAGCGGCUCCGCCGCCGCCGCCUCACGCAACAACGGUGCAGAUCAGCAGAACACCACCGCUGGCAGCACACACAGUUCUCAUUCAGGUGGUGCAGACCGCGAGGCAGAUAGGUCGCUGUCUCAAUCUGCAGAUAUUCCGCUACUGAGUGGGCAGGAGGAGGAAACGGCGUCGCCUGGGCGCCGUUUCAUGAACAUACACCGCCGCGCACGACGUGAGCGGGCCCGCAGUGAGAUCGUGUACAGCUUUCGAGACAACACCGACGGCCGCACGCCGGACGUCGGCAGUGACCUCGACGACUACGGCAUUCCUCUAUUUACGAACGACGGCGCGGGGCCUUUGCCGUCUCACGCGGCGGACGGUACGACGACUGGGGCGUCCCUGCGACGAGCACAGUACGCAACUUCAGGAUUUAUCGACCGCGUCGAAAGCGAACAGCCCGCACGCGAAGCGGGAGGAAGAGUGUCUCUCGAUGUGCGUACGUCAGGCCGCAGUCUGGCAGAGGCACUCCGUAGAGCUUCCGAUUCGGUCGUACAGAGCAGCGGAACGUCGUCUGGUCGAAGGUCGGAGAGAGCGGUAGCAGCGGGGUCAUCGAUGCCCCCUACCGUCACUCCACGCACGGACAUCACCAUUCUCGUCGCGUCACCGCCGGUACAACUCACCACUUCACACGACGCGCUGCGACGUCUGGCGCAGAACACAAUUCCCUCGGCGCUUCAACCGCAGGACCUGUCCCGCUCUGCUCCAACGUCUGCAGCAGCGUCCCCACAUUGGGGGACAGCGACCCCUUCAGCCUCACGGGUUCCUGUAGCUCGUGAAGCAGCGGCCGAUAUACACGUCAGCACCACAUCGACAGGAUGGCGAAGAGCACACGCCGCCUACUCGGAAGGAGACGACGCCCCUGGUCCCACUCUGCCAAAGUGCAAUGGUUCAAGCCCGCUGACUAACUGGCAACUGCCAGUGCUGUCCGCCGUGAGCCGUAGCCGCGUGACACACCCCGCCCAGCAAGACAGGUUGCCAUCGCCGCGGUCGUCGGCAAACCCGCCGCGUAGCGCAGAGGGCAGCGUGUCACGGUUGGGGUGCACCAGCGACGCGGGAUCGCCGCUGCGGGGCAGAUCACGGAACUCGGGCUCGCGCCCCGACGUACCACUCACUGCGUCCUCUCGAUCGUCCAGGGAGGUUUCAUGGGUGCGAGACGGCGUGGAAGAUAACGUUCACGAACGAGGGAACGCAGAAAGAGAGGAUCACUCUGCCGCGGUGCCGUCGUCGCUCGGUGGGCGCGGACAUGGCGGUCUUCCACUGAGUGCUGCGAGAGGUAUUCGCUACUCCACCGCCUCCCUUCGCGGUGCAAGCAACUGUGCCUCUUCUGGCGCGGACUCUGUGGUCGGGAACAUCAGUGCCACCAGCGCGUCGUUGAUGGUAUCGCAGUCGCCCUCUGCAGCUAGCGCCGCUGGCCUCACCACACGAAGCUCGACGGCCGCUUCACCGCACCGUCAACCGGCUCACAGUCCAAUAAAAGACGAUAAUGCUGACCAUGGUCCUGGCACUGGUUCUGCCGGCUGCCGCAACGAUGUAGAGAAGAGCGCCGCCGCGCGAGUCGCGGGGAGUCCACGCAUCUCUGCAGGCGGUGCCACGGUGAGCAGUGCCGUCCCUCGUCGUGACCAGCCCCUUUCCCGGCCUGCCUCCCCCCUCCGAGCGCCCGCCCUCAUUCCGGCUACGGCGGCAGGAUCGCUCGCCACACCCACACAAGCCGCUGUCUCUUCAACGCAGCUCGCCAGCGCAGACCCGACAUCCACCGCGCCGUCGCACGUGACGGAGGCGGCACGCAGCACCAACUCUCUGCAACUCCCGGCCGCCACGGACGGCGUGGUGCUGCUGAAUCACGUGCGCGAUGUGCCAGCGCAGGGGGAGUUGUACCGCCUGCUGCGAGUGGUUCACCGUGAGCCGCUUCAGCACUUUCCGCAAGCGCUGCGUGGGCCUCCAUUGGCGGUGCGCCUUCCAGACUGGUUGAACAACAAUGACGAUAGCGGCUACGACGACGAUGACAGCACAGAAGAGUGGGAGGACAACCUCCGGCGAGUUGCAGCGCACCGUCAACAACGAGGCGGGCCGCACGCAAGUCGGAGCGGCAGUUCCGCCUCUGACGCCUCCGCACGUACCUCGCGUUCCGCGUCGUUGCUCGAGGGCUCGCACGAGCACUUCAGCCGACAUCACCGUCGCAACCGCAGCCCACAUUCCUCGCGACGCGGCCCGUCUUCUCGGCAGCAUUCGCGCUCCCGAUCUUCAUCGACGUCGACGGCCGCCUCGCAGGUGAUGGUCGCGGUGAACGCGAGUGAUCCGCGUGAGCUCUUCACCAGGCUCGUGUCUGACCCGGCAGACGGCACGGUCGAGGUGUGCGGGCUGCAAUCCGUGUUGUCCUCUGCGCUGUCCACCUCACCACACGGCUCCCGCCACAGUCGUGCGACGGAGCGGAGUCCGACACACCGCGCGAGUCGGCACUCCACCCCGGCCUCCCACGCAAACCACAACUUCCACGUCGUUGUGGAAGAAGAGGACCACCAGGUUCACCACCAUCGUCAUCACCCGUGGCGGCGUGCGCGCUCUGCAUUCAGCAUCGCCACGCAUGACGGACGACAAGCGAUGACGCCCAGUUGCCCCUGUCCGUCUCUGGCGCCGUCCACCUCCACCACGUGGCAGGCGGAGGUGGUGGGGAACGGCUUCUUCAACGCCGACAUUCGUCUCCAACACGCCCGCAGCCACGCAGAGGCGGUGACCGACGCGGUGGCGGCGUACGGCGAGGGCUGCUACUACUACACCCUCCCGCUCAUUCCCCUCAGCCCUUCCUCGCCACGAGGAAAGGGAAUGGCACAGGCGGAAAGAUCGGCGCCGCCGGCGACGAGGGCCACGCCGGUGCAUGAAUCACAGGAGGUGAUGGAGCAGCUUCCGCGCUUAAAAAGGACGUGCAAGACGCCGCAUCGCACUCAGCAAAGCCUGCAUCGCUUUACGGCACGCGGCGGUGGCAGCGCCGAGGCAGCCCCGCUCACGGCGCGGUCUUCGCCAGUGGCGAAUUUAAACGACAGUGCGGCGAGUCGCGAAAACGUCCCGUCGUUGCAGCCGUCGCCGAUGCCGCCGCAGCUGGACCGGGUGCAACCCCGCAUGCCCAACCCUCGCCCCACCUCGCUGAAGAACCUCGCGUCUUUGUACCCAACCAACCCCGACCAGGUUGUGGCACGUGGGUUGGCGGGGACACCGUCGCAAAUCACGGGCGCCUCGCCAGACGACCUGCGGGGCUCGCAGCUGAAUAGGUCAUGCGGAGAAGCUGGGGUACCGACGGCCGAGUACGCACCGACGGCACGCGCCAACGCUUCGAACUGCACGCCGAUGAGGCGAAGGUACAACAGCAGAAGCGUUGACAAAAACUAA